AGCCACCUCCAGACUGUAUUGCGCAUUUAUUUUACUACUUCUCAUGCUCACUCCUAGAGUGGAUUCUUCAUGGUGGUACAUUGGGGCUCUGGGAGCACGAGUAAUCUGUGAUAAUAUCCCUGGUCUGGUGAACAAACAGAGACAGCUGUGCCAGAGACACCCGGAUAUCAUGCAGUCCAUUGGCGAGGGUGCGAAAGAGUGGAUCCGUGAGUGCCAGCACCAGUUCCGCCACCACCGCUGGAACUGCAGCACUUUGGAUCGGGAUCACACUGUUUUCGGCCGGGUCAUGCAACGCAGCAGUCGAGAGGCCGCUUUUGUCUACGCCAUCUCCUCAGCAGGUGUGGUCUAUGCUAUCACAAGGGCCUGCAGCCAAGGAGAGCUCAAGACAUGCAACUGUGACCCCCACAAACGAGGACGGGCCAGUGAUGACCGUGGCGAGUUUGACUGGGGUGGUUGCAGUGACAACAUCAACUAUGGCAUCAAAUUUGCCAAGGCCUUUGUGGACGCCAAAGAGAGGACGGUAAAGGAUGCACGGGCUUUGAUGAACCUGCACAAUAACCGUUGUGGGAGAAUGCUGGAGUGUAAGUGCCAUGGUGUAAGUGGGUCAUGCACGCUGAGGACAUGUUGGUUAGCAAUGUCGGAUUUUCGAAAAACAGGAGACUAUCUUCGCAAAAAGUACAAUGGAGCCAUUGAGGUGACCAUGAAUCAAGAUGGCACAGGAUUCACGGUGGCCAAUAAGGAUUUCCGAAAAGCAACCAAGAACGACCUAGUGUACUUUGAGAACUCACCCGAUUACUGUCUAAUGGACAAAGCUGCAGGUUCCUUAGGAACAGCAGGUCGUGUCUGCAAUAAGUCCUCACGAGGUACGGAUGGCUGUGAGGUCAUGUGCUGUGGGAGGGGCUAUGACACCACGCGCAUCAAGCGCAUCACCAAAUGCGAGUGCAAGUUCAAGUGGUGUUGUGCAGUGGAGUGCAAGGAUUGUGAGGAGGCAGUGGACAUCCAUACUUGCAAGGCUCCCAAACGUGCUGAGUGGCUGGACCAGACCUGAGGGACACAUCCUUCUUCUUUCAUUUGCCUCCCACUUUCCCCUUUCCUCAGGAGCUCCGAAUUGGCCAUGGCAUUCUGGGAUAUGAGAGUCCAUCCCUCACGCAACACCACUACCCCUGUUACCCCAAUUCCUUCAAACCAUUCUUCCC